AUGGCCAGCACCGACUUUCCCAAGCUGACCAACGACCUGAUUCUGCAGGCGGCCCUGGGCGAGAAGACGAGCCACGUGCCGGUGUGGGUGAUGCGCCAGGCGGGUCGGUACCUGCCCGAGUUUCGCAACCUCCGCCAGCACCACAGCUUCUUCGACAUCUGCCGCACACCGGAGCUGGCGUGCGAGGCCACCCUCAUGCCCAUUCGUCGCUUUGACCUGGACGCGGCUAUCAUCUUCUCCGACAUUCUCGUCAUUCCACAGGCGCUCGGCAUCGACGUUAAGAUGGUGGAGAGCGUCGGCCCGGUCCUGGAGGCGCUCAAGUCGCCCGCCGAGGUGAAGAGCCGUGUGAAGGCGGACAGUGACAUCGACCAGGAGCUAGAUUACGUCUACAAGGCCAUCACCCUGACCCGACACUCGCUGCAGGGCAAGGUGCCGCUGAUCGGUUUUGCCGGCGCCCCAUUCACCCUCAUGGCGUACAUGGUCGAGGGACAGGGCUCAAAGACACUCUCCAAGGUGAAGAAGUGGCUGUACCAGAACCCCGUCGAAAGCCACCAACUGCUGGACAUUCUCACCGGUGCCGUGAUCACCUUCCUCACCUCGCAAGUGCGUGCCGGUGCCCAGAUGCUGCAGGUCUUCGAUUCGAACGCCGGCUUCCUCGGACCAACCCAGUUUGAUGAGUUCUCUCUGCCGUACCUGAUCAAGAUCGGCAAUGGAGUGCGGGAGAAUCUGCGCAAGGAGGGCCUGUCCGAAGUGCCAAUGACCGUUUUCGCCAAGGACGCCCACUACGCUCUGGAGAAGCUGUCCGACCGCCAGCACACCGGCUACGACGUCGUCAGCCUCGACUGGACCAUCGAAGCGGAGGUGGCCCGAGCCAAGGCCGCCGGUCGUGUGACUCUGCAGGGCAACCUGGACCCCUGCGCGCUGUACUCGAACCAGGAUGACCUCGACUACCUGGUCGAGCAGAUGGUCACCCAGUUUGGCACCCAUCGCUUCAUUGCCAACCUCGGUCAUGGCAUCUACCCGGACAUGACACCGGAAAGCGUCAACACCUUUGUCAAUGCUGUUCACAAGCACUCCAGACGGCUCAAUGGUCAUAAGAACAGCGUCUGA